AUGUCGGGCCAAGGUUACCUUGACGAACCGAGCUUGCACACGCAGGCAAAAUGGCGGUCGGCUCUCUUGACGUAUCCGGGAAACCUCAAAGGGGCUUUGCGGGAAGCGCAGAAAGAUCCUAAGAAGAUUCUCUUUGGAGUCGGUCAAGGAAUUCCAAGCGUUUUCUUGACCAAGGUCUAUGCUUCCACGCGACCCGACUUCAUUUGGAUGGACGUUGAGCAUGGAAUGUUUGACCGCCUGGCGCUACACGACGCCAUUCAUGCAGCCCAACACCACUCUGAGGGUCAAACAAUGGUUAUUAUCAGAGUGCCCGGCGAAGACGAAGUCUCUUUGACGACGGCGUUGGACGCCGGUGCCUCUGGCAUCAUUAUCCCCCACUGUGAGACCAGAGAACAAGUCGAGGAGUACAUGAAGAAGAUCUACUAUCCCCCUCUCGGUGGCCGCUCCUUCAGCCCCUGGGUCUUCACCCCCGGCAUCUCGGACGCUUCUUUGUAUCCGAAUGAUGCGUUCAAUAUGAAGACCGCAAACAACCAUGUUGCUGUCAUCCCCCAGAUUGAGAGUGUCAAGGGGAUUGAAAACGUCGACGACAUCGCAUCGAUACCCGGCAUCUCCGCUCUCAUGUUCGGGCCCGGAGAUUUUAUGGCCGAUGCAGGACUGGAGCUGAGCUUGGGGGGAGAACCGCAUCCCACCCUGCUCGCUGCUAUGGGAAGCAUGUCGAAGGCAAGCAAGAAGCAUGGUGUGCCGUUGUUUGGUGCCGCUACGAACUUAGACAUGGUUCCUGCGUUGAUAGAAGCGGGUCAUGGAGCAAUCAUGGUAAUGCUGGACGUCUGGGGUAUUGCUAACUUCACAAAGUCCAGUUUGGAUAAGGCCAGGGGCCUUGUUCCGAAGUGA